CUCCUGCUGCUUCUGCCGCCGCUGCUGCUGCGUCGUGCAAAGCUCAAGCGAAGCGAAGCGGCGGCCCAGGAUGAGCGAGCUCAGGCAGCGGCUGGCCCGGGAGCCCGAGGGGCAGCACGACGCCGAGGGGAAGAAUUACAGAUUACAGAAGGAUUCAAUCAAUUAAUCAGAAUAGAGGUGGAAGGGACCUUGGAGGUCUUCUAGUCCAACCCCCCCGCUCAAGCAGGAGUUCCUGUACCAUUUCAGAUAAGUGUCUCUCCAGUCUCUUCUUAAAAACCUCCAGUGAUGAAGCAUUCACAACUUCCGGUGGCAAGCUGUUCCGCUGGUUAAUUGUCCUCACUGUUAGGAAGUUUCUCUUCAAUUCCAAGUUGCUUUUCCCCUUGAUUAGUUUCCAUCUGCUGUUUCUUGUCUUGCCUUCUGGUGCUUUGGAAAAUAAGUUGACCCCCCGCCCUCUUCUUUGUGGCAGCCCCUCAAAAAUACUAGAAUACUGCCCUGUAGUCCUUCUUUUCUCUAGACUAGCCAAACCCAAAUCCUGCAACCAUACUUCAUAUAUAUUUUAGCCUCCAGGCCUUUAAUCCUAGUUUCUCUCCUUUGCACUUUUUCCAAAGUCUCAACAUCUUUUUUUGUAACGUGGUGACCAAAACUGGAUGCCGUAUUCCAGGUGUGGCCUUACCAAGGCUUUACAAAGCGGUACUAAUCCUUCACAUGAUUUUGAAUCUAAGCCUCUGUUUAUACAGAUUCAUAGGAGGAAGCUGAGUGUUGGUGUGGAGGAGGUGUCUCAUCCUGAUACUACUUGUUAAGCAACGCUUCCUUGUGAUCUUGUGAGGCUUCAGGGCCUGUUAUUUAAACACUGCCUGCUGGUCUUUCUAUUUAGCAACCCAGCACCUUGGUACUUUAGCAGAUGUUUAUCUGGAGCAACCAAGAUGGUGAAGGGUCUGGAGACUAAAACGUGUGAGAGCAGUGGUGAAAUCUGAACCGGUUUACUAUCGGUUUGCUGGCUGCGCAGUGCGCACCACGCACCAAAUGCGUGGUGCGCUCGUGCACGCCAAAAAGGCAUGGGGUAAGUAGAACAGCACGUGUGAUCAGCUGUGGCACAAUCUUUUUACUUUUAAAAGCAUUUUUUUAACAACCUAUUCGGCCGAAACGAAAUUACGAAUAGAAUUUAAAUGGAAUGGAAUGUAGACUUAACCUCCUCGCGUUGCACCCUGGCCAUGCGUGCCUUUGUCGCGGCAAAAUAAUCUACCACAUUCCGGCUGCUGAACUUCACAAGGAUUUCCCAGCUAGAAGAAGCAGCCGGAAUACUGGGGGAAAAAAGCGGGGGUGGUGAGCUAUGCCAAGUAUCCGUAGAGCACCAGGUUGGGGAAUCCUGGAUUUCAAAUCUUGGCUCAACCAUCGCUGCCUUUUGUCUGGGUUUUCUGCCGUUGCGUGAUUGAUGACUAACAGCCCAGGAAGGCCAGCUGAAGAGAGGUUACGCCAGUAUUUUGAGCCCGAAAUAAAUGGGAGGGAAGGGGACCAUCCUUCCCUGAGCAAGGCCAUCGAUAAACAUUUGAUCACACCAUAAGAUUGCAGGCUUAGAGCAGGGUGACACUUGUGAUGUGGCUGCAGUCUUUUUGUGUGCCUCUCCAGAAUGAAAAUUCCAGCGUGUCCAUAUUUAGGUAACUCUUGUCAAAGGUCUCUAUCAAACUGGCUUCUCUCGGGUUGAUGCAAACUUCUGUCUGAUAAGAUAAAAGACAUUCCAUUCUCUCUGGUUCUCCCCGUUUGCCCCAGAACAACCCAUUUUCCGUCUCGGUCUAUUUUUAACCUUUUUCUAGAGACAAAUACAGCUAGUCUUACAACAGUUCGUUUAGUCACCGUUCAAAGUUACAACUGAAGGCAGUGGGGGGGGGGAAGUGACUUUUGACCGUUUUUACAACCAUUGUAGCAUCCCCUGGGUCAUGUGAUCGAAAUUAGGAUGCUGGGCCACUGAUUCAUGUUUAUGACACUUGCAGUGUCUUGGUUGUCCAUGGCAUUCUCAGAAGCCUUCACUCAUAAACAUAUAAUUAUGGACAUGCCUAUAUCACAUCUGUAUCAAUGGCUUCAAACGUGGACAUGUUUGUCACGGGACUGGAGGCUAAAAUCUACGAUGAACGGUUGCAGGAACUGGGCCUGGCUAGUCUAGGGAAGAGAAGGACCAGGGGAGACAGGAUAGCAGCCUUCCAAUAUUUGAGGGGCUGCCACAGAGAGGAGGAAGAGGGUCAAUCUGUUUUCCAAAGCACCUGGGGGCAGGACAAGGAACAAUGGAUGGAAACUGACCGAGGAGAGAUUCAUCCUAGAAAUAAGGAGGAAUUUUCUGACAGUGAGAACUAUCAACCGAUGGAACAGGAGUUGCCUUCGGAAGUUGUGGGAGCUUCAUCACUGGAAGCUUUCAAGAAGAGGCUGAACUGCCAUUUGUCAAAAAUGAUGUAAGGUCUCCUGCUUGAUCAGGGGGUUGGACUAGAUGACCUACAAGGUCCCUUCCAACUCUGUUAUUGUGUUAUGUUGAGACUUUGAAAUGAGUGCAGAGAAGAGCAACCAGGAUGAUAAGGGGACUGGAGGCUAAAACCUAUGAAGAACGGUUGCAGGAACUGGGCCUGGCUAGUCUAGUGAAGAGAACGACCAGGGGAGACAAGAGAGCAUCUUCCAAUAUUUGAGGGGCUGCCGCAGAGCGGAGGAAGAGGGUCAAGCUAUUUUCCAAAGCACCUGAAGGCCAGAAAAGGAAUAAUGGAUGGAAACUAAACAAGGAGAGAUUCAAAAUAGAAAUAAUGAGAAAUUUUCUGACAGGGAGAACAAUCAACCCAUGGAACAGAAGUUGCCUUCAGAAGUUGUAGGAACUUCAUCACUGGAAGCUUUCAAGAAGAGACUGGACUGCCAUUUGUCAGAAAUGAUGUAAGGUCUCCUGCUUGAUCAGGGGGUUGGACUAGAUGACCUACAAGGUCCCUUCCAACUCUGUUAAUCUAUAAAUAAAUAUGUUCAUGUUCGAAGCCAAUUGUUCAUCUGGAUCACUUUCAUGUCCGGCAAAUUGCUGAUCAAAGCACCGUGCUUAAUGCAAGUUUAAUCCGUUUUAUAAAACCCUACCUUGGGUGAUUGCCAUGAUGGCUAAUACGGUUCUCAAUAGAGUCCGUUUCAAAGGCUGUGAAAGCGUUGCUGAUCUACUGACUCGGUCACCGUUACAACUUGGUCAUCAAGCCACCUUGAGAAGCUGCGGCUAAACAUUGAGUUGGAGCUGGAAAACAAGCUUGAUGGAGGAGAAACUGCAUCGGAUAGUGAGAAUAAAUCGGAGGCUGCUCCGGCUUCUUCGGCCGACGAUACCCCUGAGGUCCUCAACAGAGCACUAUCCCACCUGUCCUCAAGAUGGAAGAACUGGUGGGUGAGGGGCAUCCUAACGCUGGCCAUGAUUGUCUUCUUCUUCAUCAUCAUCUACUUGGGACCCAUGGUGUUGAUGAUGAUCGUCAUGUGUGUCCAGAUCAAAUGUUUCCAUGAGAUCAUCACCAUCGGCUACAACGUGUACCAUUCUUAUGAGCUGCCUUGGUUCAGGACACUGAGUUGGUACUUCCUGCUCUGCGUGAACUAUUUCUUCUACGGCGAAACGGUGACAGAUUAUUUUUUCACUCUGGUCCAGAGGGAGGAGCCGUUACGCAUCCUUAGCAAAUAUCACCGCUUCAUUUCCUUCACCCUCUAUUUAACAGGUUUCUGCAUGUUUGUGUUGAGCCUGGUGAAAAAGCAUUAUCGUCUUCAGUUUUACAUGUUUGGCUGGACCCAUGUGACUUUGCUAAUAAUUGUUACCCAGUCGCACCUCAUCAUUCACAACCUGUUUGAAGGAAUGAUCUGGUUUAUUGUCCCGAUUUCCUGCGUCAUCUGCAAUGACAUCAUGGCGUACAUGUUUGGGUUCUUCUUCGGGCGCACCCCGCUGAUUAAGUUGUCCCCAAAGAAAACCUGGGAAGGGUUUAUUGGAGGGUUUUUUGCCACGGUGGUGUUUGGUCUUUUGCUAUCGUAUCUGAUGUCCGGAUACAGAUGUUUCGUAUGUCCAGUCGAAUUCAACAAUGACACCAACAGCUUCACGGUGGACUGUGAACCUUCGGAGCUUUAUCAACUGCAAGAAUAUAACAUCCCACUGGUGCUUCAGUCUGUGAUUGGCUGGAAGACUGUCCGGAUGUAUCCCUUCCAGAUCCACAGCAUUGCCCUCUCCACUUUUGCAUCCCUGAUUGGACCUUUUGGGGGUUUCUUCGCCAGUGGUUUCAAAAGAGCGUUCAAAAUCAAGGAUUUUGCCAACACCAUCCCAGGGCAUGGGGGCAUCAUGGAUCGAUUUGACUGCCAGUACCUGAUGGCCACUUUUGUCAAUGUGUAUAUUGCCAGCUUUAUCAGGGGCCCCAAUCCGAGCAAGCUCAUCCAGCAGCUCUUAACCCUGCGGCCCGAUCAGCAGCUGAACAUCUUCAACACGCUAAAGGCUCACCUGGUCGACAAGGGGGUGCUCCCCACUUCCGAGGACGCGUAGGCAGCUCGGCCAUCGGACUGUGACUGAACAAGCCCCCUCCCUCCCACCUGCCAUAGGACCCCUGCCCACCCAUCCACUUUACCCGGUCUAGCACAACAACCGAGCCGAGCCUCUCUCGCUUUCUCCUUCCACUCAUAUCAAAAGAGGGGUGGGGUGUCGGUGGCUUUGUGGGGGACAGUUUGUUUCCAAGCAGACGGGAGAAGGGGCUUCGCUCGGAAGGAAUUUGAGGCACAUCCUGGCUGAAUGUUUUUGGAACGCAGCCUUUUCCCUUCAGGGCUGCGCUUGAGGUUUUCUGCUCCUGGGGGUGGGUCUCAUUUAUUUUUAUUUUUCCCAGGGAGAGAUGGGGAGAGAGAGAUGGGAGAAAGGAAGCAGGCGGCAAGGGGGGAAAUUCUUCGCCGUAGCUCAGAAAACAAAAGGGGUCUGGUUGUGCACUGACGUUCCUUCCUGAAUUGUAUUGUGUAGCAAAAAUGGUGGUGGCAUUUGACCAAAUUGUCCGGAGACCAGAAUAACCACAACGCCUCCCACAUUGGCCUCUCCAGGAGCUGCUUAGCAACUCCUUUUGCCAGGUGGCAAUUUGCAGUUUGAUGGAUGGGAAGAGUGUGUGUGUGUGUUUGUGCAUGCGUGCAUGCGCACAUUGGCCAUUUCCCCCUACAGAAAAGCUACGAGAUUGCAGAACCUCUCAAACUAGAUCAGGGGUCUCCAACCUUGGUCCCUUUAAGACUUGUGGACUUCAACUCCCAGAGUUCCUCAGCCAGCUUUGCUUUGCUUUGCUGGUUGAGGGACUCUGGGAGUUGAAGUCCACAAGUCUUAAAGAGGGACCAAGGUUGGAAACUCCUGAAAUAGAUCGUUUCAAACACAAAAUUUCCAUUUAAACAACUGCCGCUGUUUUGCACCCGUAGGCUUGGUGCCUACUCCGCUCCAUUCAUGCAAGCGGACCACGUCGUUUGCGGGUUUUGUGAUAGGGUAGCGUUGCUCCUUUUUCCUUGCAAGGUAGAAAUGCAGCUAGCGAGGAGGGGGCCGAGUUAAAUUGUUCUGGGAUUCCUCCUUUUAAAAAAAAAAAAUCAGAAAAGAUGACGACAGUUAUUCCGUUGAAAGAAGCUUUGAGUGUCCAAGCAGCCUUAUCCAGUCUGGGCCCCUCUUGAUAUACAUUAACAUCAACUCCCAGAAUCCCUCAGCCAGCUGGGUCAGAGUUUGGUGGAGAAUUCUGGGAACUCCAGCCCUAGUUUCUAUGGAGGUUACACUCCGGAGAAAACUGCAUUACGCCCAGGACUUAAAAAGAGAACUGGAACAGUGACCUAGUAGUUGUAAUUCUCCUGCCCUCUUUGCUCUCGGUCAUCUAGAGUUUUUAAGACAGUUGACAGAGUCAAGAAUUGGCCCUUUGAGCUGUGUGGCUUGAAGGCACGCAGGGGAGAGCCUUCUGGGCCUAGGAACCCCUCCAGGGAGACAUCCUGAUCUCCCCCAAUGCAUCCCCUCCAUGUAGAGCAGGGGUCUCCAACCUUAGCAACUUUAAGACUUGUGGACUUUAACUCCCAGAAUUCUGGGAGCUGAAGUCCACAAGUCUUAAAGUUGCCAAGGUUGGAGACUCCUGAUGUAGAGGAUGAGAAGAUGAUCCAAGCCGUCGCUGGCUUCCUUCCCAGCAUCUGUUCACGAACCAGAUGGCCAAAGCCCCCAUGGACCUUCAGGAUGUGUGAAUGGGCUACCUACGUCCCCGCUUGCGAAAGAAGGGAGGUGGGCGGAAUCGCUCUUUGCGACGCCAAACCGUUGAAAACCGGCACAAAAACAAGUUGGCUUCUCAAAGGAAGCCAAUUGAAGCUGGUUGCCUGCAGGGACAGCAAAGCAGGCGAGUCUUCUCUUGUGCCCGCAGAUGCUCUAAUCUAGAUGGAGGCUUGUUACGGUCUCUCUAGAAGGGAAGGCACGUCAGGAAGGAAGGAAGGAAGUGAGCUGGCACGUGCAUGGGGAGAAUUUGGGCGUAUGUUGAUCAAGGUGAAAAACACGCAGCUGGCUGGAAGGCAGAACUUGGGACUCUUGACGUUGUUGGCAUCGAACUACUCAGCUCCAGAGAAACCUGCUUGAUUUGCCAGGGGGUGGGUGGGGUGGGUUUCCUGAUGCAUAAGAGAGGGGCUCUCCCCACCUCCACCUGCAGCGUGGCCUGAUACCAAAACGCAACAAGGAAAAUAAGAACAGGAAGUGAAGAGAGUGUCUCGGUUUACCCUUUCACAAAAGGCUCUGACUAUUAUUAUUUUGUUCUGGAGGUGUAGGUUGCAUUCUCCGUUCUGCAUAGGCUCCUUGGCCUGCAUCAAUGCCCUAGUUUUGCUAUGGGGCUGGAGGUCUUGUUUGCUAAGGCAAUCGACGGCAUCAAGGGAACUUCAUUAGGGCGCCCCUUGGUACAAGAGGCCCCAGGAUGGCAUACGGCAUCUUUUUGGAAGGAACUGGAUUCAAGACCUCGUCCCCCACGUCUUGAAGGCGUUCGUGUAGGGGCCUGACUUAAGGAUUGGCGGUGAUGCCACAGAUAGAUGUGGACAGUGGAUUGUAUGGUACGGGUGGGGCACGCGUGGGCCUUGGUUGGGCACCACUUGUGGGUCAAGCUCUUUCAUGCCACCCUAUCAAACAGCCCUAAGCUGUGGGAGGCCAAGCAUAGCAUUUUAAAACGGGCUCUCAACCUCAGCGCAUUGAAGACCCCCUGGUUCUUGAACAUUGCUGAGGUGGAGAAACACUGUUUUGAGGGAUCGGAUCAUGUUCUCCUGAACAUCCAUGGGAUGCUUUCUAGAACAGGGGUCUCCAACCUUGGCAACUUUAAGCCUGGCGGACUUCAACUCCCAGAAUCCCCCAGCCAGAUUCUGGGAGUUGAAGUCCGCCAGGCUUAAAGUUGCCAAGGUUGGAGACCCCUGUUCUAGAAGACCUCCAGACCUCCGAAUGCCUCUUUUAAGAAGAAGCAAGACUCUGUGGAGUACUGGAGAAACAUCUACAUCCUGUAGCUUUUAGGGGGUCUUCAAACUUGAAGACUUGUGGACUUCAACAGCGCAUGCUGGCUGGGGAAUUCUGGGAGUUGAAGUCCGCCAGGCUUAAAGU